AUGACCUCGACGACACAGUCUUGGGCUGCUGCUACGCAGUCAUGGGCGUCAUGGUUGCUCGAUUCCUACGCCUCCUCGGUGUCGCCAAUGGCUAGUGACACCUCCUUUCGCCAUCACGAAGAAUCCAAUUCCAUCUCAGAAUACCCUUCCCACGAGGAUGGCGAAUCAUCCGUGUCCUCCAUCUCCAUGUCUUCUGCCUACGGUCCCUACGUCAAGACUGGCCGCGGGGGGGCUGGGAACUUCAACUGGCAGACAGAGGUCCAGCUUGCCCCGCGAUCAACUUCGCCUGUCGACCUCGAAGCAAACCGACCGCCACAUGCCUCGUUAGCGGAGCGUCGCAAAGCAGCAGCCAGGCUGGAAAGCAUCAAUACCCAAGAUCCGAGGCCCCUGCGGCAGAACUCUGCUCAGUACCUGUCCGCCGGCCGCGGUGGAGCUGGAAACUAUGUUCUCAACGACAUGAAACCCCUCCAACGGAGCCCGAGUUUACCAGCAAGUUUUACGUCUUCUAUGCCGGGGAAGCCUCCUAGCCCAAAGAGUCAAAAUCCAUAUCCUGUUGGAAAUGCUGGAAGAGGAGGGGCAGGCAACUAUGCGGCUGCCGUGGAGGCUAAAGGGCGAUUAGAGUCAGAGAAGGAGCAAGAAGAGAGACUCGCUGCUGAACAGAGGAGAGACCAGAUUGUCGAAGAGGUGGACGGGCUGCUGCAACCUCCACCGGGGGCUUGGCUUGGUGGCGGACGAAGAAAGAGUAGGGCGAUGUGUGAAGAUGCUUGA